CGUUAGGUGCGUUUGCAAUCUGCCCUCCUGCAUUUCAACUGCCUACAUGUGCAAAUCUACAAUCGGCGGAUGCUUCUCCGAUCUCUCCAAUCAAUCUUCGUCGCAGCAAAAAGGAAGACACGGAUGCGUCGAACUACUCAGCGAAAAGGAAAGAGAUUCGUGCCAGAGGAACUCUAACGGCAACACGAAGAGAAGGAGGAACAGACAUCCGAGAUCUUCUCUUCUGAACUGCUGCUACAACGAUAUGUGCAACCACAUCGAUGAUCAACACACAAGAAGUCUGAUGAACGAAACGGAAUCAUUCGAUUCUCUUCAUCAGAUCAGCCGCGUCGAAGAAAGUCACCUAGGUGAUAGUGGGUAUGGAAGUGCGGACGUCUGGUUCAAGGCAGCGACCAUAGCCGUUCCGAUUUGCGGAGCUGUCAUCGUCGUCGCCCUCAUCGUCCUUGCUGUGAAGAUGCUAAGAGCCGAAUCCCAUAGCAAUGCCAACCACAAACUGGGUUGCAGUUACAUAAGCAGUAACAACUAUCACGAGAAGAACUACGAGACUUCUCAGAAUCUGCUGCAGAAGCGCUACGUCGGACAGGGUUCGACGCCCAUCUUCUUCGACGAUCCCAGACGGUACCAUCGGGCGCCGAUUGUGAUCCAGAACAAAGAGAUGAACAGGACGAGAUACAACGUCUUGGGACAGCAGCAGCAACAGCAGCAGCCGGCAAUACCUGCAGGUGUCCACAGGUGCUUUGCCAGCGGCUGCAAGAACACCAAUCUGGAGCAGAGCUCGUGCCCCGAGAUCGGCUAUUACGAGAACGGCGGCCUCAUCGACAAGCGAAACCUGACCAGCGAGUUCGUCUCGAACAAGUAGACUGAUACCAUCAUCAUCAUCGCACGAACU